UUUUUUUCCAUCGAGGUGGGAAAAUGGUAAGAAGGCACCCAAAAGGACGUAUUUGUUGACCACCGAUUUAACAAGACUUUGAAUACUCCGAAACACCCUCUUCUCCUAAUCUCAUCUCUAGGGAUUCAUUUCUUUGAUCUAUUCUUCUUCUUUUUUUUUUUUAUACUUAUAUAUAUAUACACACACGAUUUGGUUUCCUCUACUCUUCUGUUCGGGCUAUUCAACCAAGAAAAUUGUGGAAGACAUUGGAGGACAACAGAUCAGUUUCUGAGCCAAAGUACACAAAGCGAUGAAUUCUAGAUUAUUUUGAAGGCCCCAAUUAUUUUCAAGAUAGAGGGUUACUUGAUUUGUUAUAACAAGCCUAAUUGAGGUUCUAGAUAUAUAAAUUUGGAGAAGACCUAAGUGAAGGUCCUGGGUGUUUGGAUACUAAAGAGUCUGGGAAAUUGAAAGAUGUCUGCAGUGCAAGAUCAGCUGGAGAUCAAGUUCCGAUUGCCUGAUGGAUCGGACAUCGGCCCCAAAAGCUUUCCUGCUGCUACAACUGUUGCAACCUUGAAGGAAAGCAUCAUUGCUCAAUGGCCUAAAGAGAAGGAGAAUGGUCCAAGGACUGUAAAAGAUGUUAAGUUAAUUAGUGCAGGAAAAAUACUGGAGAAUAACAGAACACUGGGAGAGUGUAGGAGCCCAUUAUGUGAUAUACCUGGGGGAGUUACGACCAUGCACGUUGUUGUUCAACCACCAGCUUUUGAAAAAGAGAAGAAAGUGCCAAAUGAAUCGAAGCAGAACAAGUGUGUCUGUGUUAUAUUAUAAAUUGUUGGUCCAGGAACUGGAAAGCUGGAAAGCAUCAUUUGCAUGUCGAUAAAUGAAAGCUGGAGUUGGUAUAGAGAUAUUGAGAUUGUUGUGCGGACUAACGAGGGGCAGUUGGUCUCGUUUAUCAUAUCAUAUCAUAUUUUGAUGCAGGUCCAUAUGUCCAUAUAGCUGUUGCUCUUGCGCAUAGCCUAAUUUGUUUUCUGUUAAGUUUUCUACGUUUCUAUUUUUGCAUUUAUAACCUCAAAGUCAUCUGCUAAAAUUUGUGACUCAUCAAAUAUAUCGAUCAUAGUUGCAAGAUCUGACCUAUUGAGUACAAUGCGCAUUUUUUGUAUCAGUGAUAUGUGAUUCAUGUGUUGACAACCAUGACGAUUUAUAUAUUUUUUGAGAAGUAUACUUGUGGACAAUGAAAUUCACCACAGGGAAAUUGAACAA